GCUAGAUCUAGUUGUAGAAAUACAAGUAGUUAGCUGUUCUUUGUCACAAUAAUCCUCUGAUCUACUAUAGCCUGUAGACCCACCCCCUUUUGGAGAAGCCACACAGUUGAGAUCAUGGCUUCAACAAGAUUAAAAGUACUUCUUCUCUUAAAAAUUCUGAUUAUUUGCGAUGCCCAAGAGCAACUGAUUCACGUCAAACCUGACAGCUGCCCACAAGAGUGCUUCUGUUCCUACCAGUUCCCCGACUGUCAGACUUUGUCUGAGUACGCACUCAAUACAAGUAGUUACCUCCCUUCCAAGUUUAUACUAACUCCUGGUCUAUAUUAUCUCGAUUCACACUUUUCGAUAAAUGGUACCAGUUUUGAGAGCUUCUCUCUAAAUGGAACUGAAAAUACCACCAUCUACUGUCGACAAAAUGCCACUUUAUCAUUCAAUGGUUUGACAAGCGUAACUAUUCAAAAUGUGGCCUUUGUUUCGUGCGGUGAAGGUGAUUUGCCUGGUAUCAGCUUGACCAACAUCAACACAGUGAAGAUGAUGGACAUCAGUGUAGCUAACACCACCUCUGGUGCUCUCUACAUUAAAGACAGCUCAAAUGUUGAGGUCACUAACCUUGCGAUUACCAAUAACAAAAACUCACUUGCUACGAUUGUCAGCAUACAAAACUCAAUUGUUACGAGUUUAAAUAAUCUCAACAUCUUUAGAAACAGUAUUGGAGUAUAUGAUUCUGAGUGUGUCUACAGCAGCUUCCCUAAUGUAGAAGAGGUGGUGUUUCGAAUCGAUGGUGGUUUCUUAACAGCUGAGAGUGUUGAUGUGACUGAUAAUGUUGGACUGUUUGGUGUAAUGGCCUUGAGUAAUGUUGAGGCAGUUGUGAAUGGAGACUGGUCAUUUAAACUAAAUCGUGCUUGUCUAGGUUCAUUAUUCCUGAGUGAGGUCAUCAUGGAAUUAACUGGGACUUUAUUAUCAAAUGAAAACAAAGGUAUCAGCGAAAAAGACAAUUCCAAUGCUGGAUUAUAUUUCAGUAACAGUCAAGUAAAUAUAAAUGGGACACUUGAAUCAAUUGCAAACGAAGGUUACAUCACAUCAAUUCAAUCUCUGGGCUCUAAUAUAUCUUUAAUGGAGGGAUCAUCUCUACUUCUGAAUGGUAAUCACAAUGGACUUCAAGCGAUGUCACUGGCAGAAGGAACAAAGCUGGUAAUUCAAAACGGAACGCUAACGGCUUGUAAUAACACAAUGCGUCAAAGGCUUAUUCUAGUGAACAAUUCUCAAGUGAUAUUCAAUGGUCAUACAACAUUUAUCAACAAUUCAAAAUCCCCUUUUUCUGUGCACAAUGCUAUUAUUCAAUUGUACGGUCAGAUCUACUUUCAAGAUAAUGCUGGAGUUGUGUUCGCUGUGACUUCUCAUCUGGAUAUAGACGGUAACUCAACCUUUUAUCGCAACAAUGUUGAUGAUGGCUUCAAAGAUGGUGCUCUUGCUAUAUUUUAUCAAAGCAGCUUGAAAAACUGGGUGGCAAUUAUACAUUUCUUGAAAAUAGAAAUGAAGUUGUGGACAGUGGUGCAAUAUAUGCAAGAGCCCAAUCUGUUGUUAAGCUUAGCGGAAUCGGAACAUUUGAAAAUAACUCAGCAAAUAAUGGAGGUGCAAUUUUCCUUGAGGAACAAUCUCGACUUGAACUCUACAAUGAAACUAAUCUACACUUUGUAA